CUGUGCUUUUAGAUACAAUUGAGGUAUUUAAAACAAAAAUCUUAGCAUGGACACCAAAAACUCAAUACGCUUCGUUAAUACAUAUCAUUAUCAUCAAUGAAAUAUUUGCUCUACGUAUAUUUGAAUCAGAAGGACGAUUACGAUAUGGCUGGAAUAUAAUAUAUGCUGGUAUAUGUAUCAUUUUAUAUGCUACACUUCUGAAUAGAAUAACAAGCAUAAAUCACAAAAAUUGGCUUGCAUAUGAAGAGAUCAGUUAUAAAGUGAUUUCAUAUAUUAAUAUUAUAUGCAUCAUGAUUUUUAUAAUUCUUGGAAUUUUGAAUACAGAAGUGAUUAAACUUUCACGUGAACUGAAUCAAAUGUAUAGUUAUCAAAUUUUAUUGGAUUUAAUAAUGCAAUUUUCAAUAUUAUUGUAUUUACUUUAUAAUAUAUAUUUUCAUAUAAAGUCAUUAAAGUUGUCUGAAGCAUGGUCAAAUACUAUAGGAUUUUUAUUAUGGGUUCUUGUACAUUCUAUAAAAAUUAUUCUUGUAAAUAAUCACUGUACUAAUUUUUAUCGUAAGGUUGAAGUAACAGCAUAUUUGCUUCGAGAACUAGAUAUUAGCUACUUGGAUAAUUCCAUUACAGAAGAGGUGCAACAAUUUUCAUUACAACUUCUUCUUCAUCCUUUAAAAUUUACUGCUGGUGGUUAUAUCCUUAAUAACAGAUUAUCAACAGUAUUUUUUGGUAGUAUAAUUACUUAUUUGAUUAUAUUGAUACAAAUAAGUUCGUCAUCAAAUUUAAUGAAAUCUUAG